GACUUCACUUCCGAUGCAAAUUUUACGGCUGUAAAAUAUUUUUAGUGCUGAUACGAAUUACAUUAAACUCGCGAUUUUACACUUAGGAUCGUGUUUGGUGCUAUAAAAAGAACGAAGGACGAGUUGACUUAGGGCCCUGGUAAGCUUUUGUUUGAAAUUGUAGCCUAUGAUUAGAUUUGCCGAACAGAAAAGUGGUGUUAUUGUGUCGAGGCCGACAGCUUCAAUUUCAGAAGCUUGGAAACAUUGUUGCAGCCACGGUUACAUUGUAGUUUCUGUAAACAGCAACGCAGGUAAACAGUUAUGCCCGUAUUACAAUAUGGCCUCGAAUGAUUUGGCAAAUAUAGUGAAUUUGAUUUGGAAAAAUAUAUUGAGCAUUGCAGAGCAGACUUGUCUUUGUUUACAUACAUUUCGUGUUCUUGCACACAGGGACCUGAAAGUAGGCUACUAUGUCCGCGGAACUGGACCUUUCGCCCCCAGAGGUACCUGAACCCACUUUGCUUGAGAGUCUCCUGCGCUAUGGACUCUUUCUGGGAGCUAUAUUCCAACUCAUCUGCAUCUUGGCUGUGAUAAUACCGACCUCCAAGGGGCAUGAACAGGUAUAGUAAACAGUCCUGUUGGCAGUUGAAAGAAUGCGGUAUGAUAUUGUAAUAAUAUUGUCAUUAUAUACUAUAGGUUUACUUAUAGCAUUAUGUGUUAAAUCAGUAUAAGCCUGAUACUUUGUAUUUUUUCCCUUCUGUCCUAUUGUAGUCUUCUUUUGAACUUGGCUUGAGCAUGCAAACUGUUCAUUACUAUUCAGCAACCUACUGUUACUGUUCCAUAUGUGUCGAGUGUCACUGGGACUCACAUUCUGUUUUAUCUUUAGGAGGAGACAGAGCCAAAUGACAUGAAGGCUGGUGACCAGAAUAAGAAGUCAAAAGGACCUGCGCCUCAGAUUCGUCAGAAACUAAAGAAAGAGAGCAAGAAGAAGCGAUAGGUGUGUUGGAUUUUGUGCUGUCCAUGCAGUGCACCCAAAAUUAUUGUUACAUUUCAAAUUAUGUAGACUGAAUAAUUUUUGUUCCAUCAAAUUCAAUGAUGCCGCUACCAUGAUUUAUGAAAGAACAGAAGUGCAUUUGUAUAACUGUUUUAUUCAACUAGUCUGCUAUCAAAUGUCAUUUGUCAAUGUAAAACUUGUAAAGGCCUAAACACAACCAAAAACUUUGGGGACAUACUGUGCAUUCAGAAAGUAUUCACAUCCGUUGACCUUUCUCAAAACAUUGUUACAAAGUGUAAUUUUUCUUGUCAAUGAUCUACACACAUACUCUGUAAUGUCAAGCUCGAUGUAUGAUUUGUUUAAUUCAUAAAAAAUAAAUGCUUGUAUAUCUUGAUU